AGGCACACACAUACACCAACACACACACACAAACACACGCUUACAAACACAUAUAAAUACUAUGUGUUGUAUAUGUAAAAUGUAGCUCCUAUAUAUAUAUAUAUAUAUAUAUAUAUAUAUAUAGGUCUGUACAUAACAUAGGUAACAAAUAAUACAUAUUAAACAAUCAAUUUAAAAGUAACGAAAUCCACUAAGUAAAAACGGUUCAAUCAUGAGUGGAAUCAAGAAGAACAGCAGUAGCAGCAGCAGCAGUAGCAGCGGGCAUAAAAGCAAAAAGACACCAUCAUCAGCAGCCCCAUUAAACAAGGAGCACUCCAUGUUCACAUACUAUAUGGAAAACUGUUAUGUUCUGCCAUUGGAAUUAAAGAAUGACAUUAUUUAUUGCCAGCGCGCCAUGCGUGAUUUCCUUAAAGUGCAUUCGCUGGUCUCUGAUGUUUUCAAGGAGCAGGCGGAUGCGGAUCCCGUACAGAUGCAACAAAUCCUUAGUGAACUGGAAGAAGAAGUUUUUGAAAUAAAUGCCGAACAGCAAUAUCUAUUGCUAUCGCUUAGCGAGCAUUUAGAAAUGUUCUACAAAAGGCUGCAGGAUAACAAUAUCCGCAGUGUACCUGAGUUGGGAAAUGAAUAUAUAUCAAGUUUGAUAGUGCCUUUAAUAUCAGAUGCCAGUUAUAGAAUUCAACCGCAGUCUGUUCUCACCAGAGACAAUGAGGAAAUGCUUAUACGUAAGCAUUUUCUAUUAUCGCAGGAUGAAGAGGCCGGUGUGCCGCCAUUAAAAUUGAGUGAUCUUGAUGAAAGUAUACCAUUAAUGCUUGUUCCACCAGUUGUGUCACUCGCCGGCACUCAGCCGCACAAGCAACAACAGCAGCCCGAUGACCAAUUAACGCAGUUGUCCCACUUACCAUUGCCAUCUUUACUGCCCAAGCCAGAAUUUCCAAUCGAAACGGAAUCAAUGGAAUCACGUUCACUAUUGAUACCAAGGCGAGUGGGGAAUAUACCAAUUAAACUUGGACAUGCCGCCAAACGUAAGCUGAUGUCCUCGCCGCCACCGUUGGCACCCAUUACUAGCCAUAAAGUGACACCAUCCAACGCAACUUCUUCAAAUUCUGCUUCCUCUUCCACUUCUACUUCCUUGGUGGACCAAAGUCGCAUCAAUUUGAGGCAAGCCUUGAAACGUGCCCGUAAAACCAAACAACAGCCAAGGCUAUGCGAUGAGGAGGACCUUGAGUUGACCAGCUUGGAGAAUGGCAAGAAGUCCAAAGCCUCUAAUAUCAAUGUAGUACCGAAAAAGACUUCAUCGCCACCAUCUACAUCAGUGGGUAGUGGUGGUAAUGGUCAUCAAACUGCCACUGGAGGUGUUGCUGCCACUGUUCCUGGUGCUGUGGGCAAAUCGUAUAAAACCCGCAAUAAUGCCCAAAACAAAUCAUCACCAGUUCCAGCGACAGCAUCGGGCAACGCCUCCUCAGAUGAUUCGACACAUGAAUUCCAAUUACUAGAGCAGCAAAGAUUGUGCUCCGUUGCUGCCCAAUGGCGCCGGGAUGAACCACGCGAGACACGCAUUUUAGCUUUAGAAUAUGGCCAAGAGCAAUUUCUUGGCCUCUUUGGCCUUUAUACCCAUGAGGUGGUCAAAAAACUGAAUCAACGACAUUCCAAGCGAAAACGGCGAACAGUACAAAAUGCCAGUGGAGUAGAUUUUCAUUAUGGCCAACAAUUGGCCAUUAUGGAUGUAAUUGUGGCUGUUUCGCGGCAAAAGAAACAACUGAAAGAUAAACAAGAGUUUCUGCUUUCGCCCAAGGAUAAGCGCUUACAGGUUAAAAAGGCCCAAAAGGCGGCUAACAUUGCUGCAGUUGAUUCGAAUUCAAAUCCUGGUGCUAGUUCUAGUUCUUUUGGUAAUGCUGAUGUCACCAAUCGCAAGAGUAAAACUCCCGAAAAAGUUGAAAACGAUUCUCCAAAUAGUAGUCAUCAUAUGGCUAAUGAUGGAGUACCUGCGGUCAAGUGUAAAAAAUGCAAAUCUGUUGAUAAAGAUGGUCGUCCAACCUGUAAUUGUGGUUGUCUUUUGGAGUGUUCCGACGAUUCUAAAACUAAACUACAGGUAUAAUCCAAAGUACCUGAUGUCUGGAAUGGGCAGCAUCCGCCAGCGAGACCAGCUUCAAAUUGCUUGUAUCUGCAGUCUCUUACCUAAAAAGGGAGGAGCUUCAACUGUUUCUUUUUUCCCCUUCAUUAUUUCAACUGGAUUUUCAAAAUCGAAAUGUUUUUAAGUAUCUUGUCGUGUGUGUUUUUUUUUUCUUCUCCUAUUUGUUUAGUUCUUUAGUGUAUUUUUUUUUUUUAUUUUUGAACUUAUUCAGUUAACAUUUCCAGAGCAUUUUAUAUAUAUAUGUACUAUAAUCUACACACUUAAAAUUUGAUUGGUUUAAGCCAUUAAAAGUUAUUUCAAUGAAAUAUAAAUAUAUAUAUUUUAUUGUUUGGUUGCUUUUCUAA